CGGCUGCGAGCCUAUGUGCGCGGGCAGCGGCGGCGGCGGGGCGGAGCGCGCCGGCCGCUCCCCGGGGGUGGGCAGCUCGGCGGCCGCCGGGCGAGCUGGCGCUCCGGCCGCUACCACCGCCAUCAGCGCCAUGUCCGCCGCUAUCGAGAGGGAGUUCCAGGAGAUCGAUGCCACGAACGACUGGCAGGCGCGCUACUUGGAAAUUCGACAUAAAUCCAGUGACUACCCUCAUAGGGUUGCAAAAUACCCAGAAAACAGAAAUCGAAACAGAUAUAGAGAUGUUAGUCCAUAUGAUCACAGUCGAGUAAAACUGCAGAACACAGAAAAUGACUAUAUCAAUGCAAGCCUAGUGGUCAUAGAAGAAGCCCAGAGAUACUAUAUUUUAACACAGGGUCCACUGCCUAAUACAUGCUGUCAUUUUUGGCUAAUGGUAUGGCAACAAAAAACCAAAGCAGUUGUCAUGCUGAACAGGAUUGUUGAAAAAGAAUCAGUGAAAUGUGCACAGUACUGGCCAACGAAGGAAGAGGAUGUUAUGACAUUUAGUGAAACAGGUUUCCGUGUGAGGCUAGUAUCUGAAGACAUCAAAUCCUAUUACACAGUGCAUCUACUUCAAUUAGAAAAUAUCAACAGUGGUGAGUCCAGGAUGAUAUCUCAUUUUCAUUAUACUACAUGGCCAGAUUUUGGAGUUCCUGAGUCCCCAGCUUCAUUCCUCAACUUCCUUUUUAAAGUCAGAGAAUCUGGUUCACUAAGUCCUGAGCAUGGACCUGCAGUCGUUCACUGUAGUGCGGGGAUAGGACGAUCCGGCACGUUUUCAUUAGUAGACACAUGUCUUGUUCUGAUGGAAAAAAAGGACCCGUUUUCUGUAGAUAUUAAGAAGGUAUUACUGGAUAUGAGGAAAUACCGAAUGGGACUUAUUCAGACACCAGAUCAACUAAGGUUUUCAUAUAUGGCUGUAAUAGAAGGAGCAAAGUUUAUAAUGGGGGAUUCAACUAUACAGAAACGGUGGAAGGAGCUCUCUAAGGAGGACCAAGCACCAAGUUCUGAGCAGUCUCCUCCACAUCCUGCCAAAAUAACCACAGAGAAGUACAAUGGGAACAGCAUAGGCCUGGAGAGCAAAGAUCAAACGGAGAACAAUACUGACCUUCCCUCUAAAGUUCAAGAUAUCAUAGAUGGAAACAUUGAAAGUACUGUCCGAAAACGGCUGCGAGAGGAUAGAAAAGCUAACACAGCACAGAAGCUGCAGCAGAUGAAGCAGAAGCUAAAUGAGACUGAAAGAAAAAGAAAAAGGUGGUUAUAUUGGAAACCUAUUCUCGCUAAGAUUGGGUUUGGUACACUGAUUUUAGUUGGCGCUUAUUCUUGCUGGAAAAUAUAUUUUCAAGAACAUUCCUUGUAAGUAACAAGUAAGCCUGUCUGCUCCAGCAGCUAAUUUUGCUGCGAGUGAAUGUCCAGGGGUGUGACUUUAAGCAGUAGACUCCUUGCACCUGGAAUGGGUACAGACCAUUACAUACUAUAGAGAAGUGAUGUAAACUUGAUCAUAUGUCGACAUCUCAGGACUUUCCAUUGCAGGUACUUACGAAAAUGAACUGCUACCCUCCCAACAAAGUUGAUAUUUUUUGUUUAUAUGAGCAGGUACAAACUUGCUGCAACUGUUUAUACACUUUUAAAAAUGGUGGUCUACCAGAUCUUGAGCAAACCCUGAACCACAGGGGUUUAGCUACUGAAGGCUGUCUGAAUUCCAAUUUACAUGCCUGACAUAAGCAAUAAACAGUGUUGUAUCAUUCACAUCAUUAAUGCAAAGAAGUUAUCCUUAAAUGUGUGUAAUGUGUAAUGUACCAGUGAGCAUAAACAUUUUAUAUUCUUAUGACCUAGGAUAAAUAUAUUUUAUAAUUGCAUAUUUAAUCUUUUUGUAGUUCACUGUACUUCUAAAGGCUCAGUUUGUACAAAUUUCUGACCAAAAAGAAUUUGAUUUUUGAAACUAAAUGUAAUUUGUGCAUGAAAAUAAUAGUGCAAGCAUUCCCCUUAUUUUGACUUUCAGAUUUAUAUGAGCAGCUAGGGGUCUGAUGAAGCACUUACCAAUUUCUACUACUCUGUUAAUUUGCAUUCCUUAUUUAUUUUUUGUAGUUUUCAUUAUUUAAGUAAGGCUUGGAAAUCUGAAAUUUUUAAGGCUUUUGAGAACUUAGCCCCCACUGAAAAGCAUACUGUUAAAUUGACAAAUGUAUUCAGAGUUCAGCUACUGUUUGAAGGCCAACGUUGUUAAAGUUCUGACAUUCCAUUAAAUGUGAAACAUAA